CGCCGGACCGCGGUGCGCAUCGCCCGCCGCCAUGUCUCUCGCCGCACUCGCGUCGCUUGCCCUGCUAUUCGUCGCCCGCGCAGAUUUACAAAGAGGGCUCGUUACACCUAAUAAUCGGGCUGUCAGAGUUCUUGAGCUACCUCAAGGAUGCAUGUACGAAGGUCGCUGGCACACGCAAGGCUCGGCGGUGGCGACGCGCGAGGCGUGCCUGAAGUGCGCGUGUGCCCGCGGCGCGCUGUCGUGCCGGCGCCGCGCUUGUACCGCGCUGCCUGACCCGCCGCCUCGCCGCUGCCACGUGCUGCACAAGAAGGGCGCCUGCUGCCCGGAGCUGCACUGCCCUGAUGGCGUCAAAGUAAUGGAACAUGGUGCUGUGGCUAGGUUCGAAAACGAUGACUUUACUGACAUUGCUACGCCUGCUUCUAUCACUCAUGCGUGCGUUUCCGGCGGCACUGUGUUCGCGGCGGGGUCGGCGAUGGGUUCGCGCGUAGCGUGCGAGCAGUGCUUCUGCCUCGGCGGGGCGAAGCGCUGCGUGCGGCCGCGCUGCCUGCCGCCGCCACCCGGGUGCCGCGCGCGCCCCGCGCCCGGUGCUUGCUGCCCGCAGCGCUACUACUGCGAUCGCGUCAGCACUAAGCCGCCCGAUCAUAAGCAUGUGCACGAUUGCCAAGUGAACGGCGACCGGAUAGCCGAGGGCGAACGCGUGGUGUCCGCAGAAAAAGCGGUCAACUGCACGCAGUGCUUCUGCCUGCGCGGCGCUAUUCGCUGCCAGCCGCUGGCGUGCGCGCCGCCACUACUCGGCUGCCAGCCGCUGCUGAGCCCCGGCCAGUGCUGUCCGCACCAGUACCACUGCGAACACGCCCAUCACGCAUUGGUGACCAAACAUAUCAUGCCUAUAUCAGAUAACAACUUAUUAUCAACGAGGUAUGACGACCGAGCCUUUCACGAUGACAAACUAGUAGAGCAAGAAACCACUACUAAGUUAAUGACCACCAGUUCCAGUACUACUAAAAACAUAGCCACCAUUACAGCAUCGAAUAAUGAACCUAUCACUACUACUAAAGUGAAAAGAAAAACAAACGAUCCACCGCCCCUGAGCACAUCCAAACAACCAAAUUUGAAUGCUACAAAGACGACAACAAAAAAAGAUUUAAGCACAACGACGACAACAAAGAAGCUGGUGGUAACAACCACCACAGAAGUUACUCCUACUACUGAAACAUUAGACAAAACAUUUCCAACAGAACAACCUGAAAAGACCGUUAAAAUUAUAAUCAAUGGUACAAUCAACUGCACGGCAGCGUUAUCUUCCACUUCUAUUCCUCUCAAUAUAUCAUUAAAUGAUACGGAUAGAACUAAAAUUGAAACUCACCAAAGAACUCCAAUCAACAGAGUUGACAUUGAAGCUUUUACGGAAUAUCCUAACGACAUAAUCACAGAUAGGAGUGCUAAUGGUGAUUUUGAUGAAAAUGAUAUGUUUAUCAUUAAUGUAACAAGCUCCUUAAGAACAAAUAAUAGUCAUUCCACUGCCGGUCCGUCCUUAUCAACAACACCUAAGUCGGCAACGCCAAUUGAUGUAGUAGGUAUUGUGAAUACUUCCAAGAAAAGCAAAGGCGACUAUGAUUACGAUUACACCGAGCCAACACUGCCACCGUCAUUACCUAACCUAAAGAUUAUACCUUUUGUAGCAGCCGAUGCAGUUGUUGAUGACGACGUUUCAUCCAAGGACAAAACUUUGACAUAUCCAAUUUUAGAAAGAGAAGACAAAUUUCCAGUUUACUAUCCAUCUGUGGAUACUAAAGAAGUACCAUAUGCUAAUAGAAGAAAAGAUGUUGGCUAUCCUACUCAGUAUCCUGUAUUUGUAUCGCAAAAGGCGGAAGCGCCCAAAUACCCAUCGAUAACACAAGAAGUCGACUUGCCAGAUGUAUCUUACUCAGAAAGUCACAAUAAUGUACCAUUAUCUCAGCAUGAUUACACUGUAUCCACUGCAAUAGGUAACAAUAUCCCAGAAAUUAACAAGGUAGUUACAAAAUUACCGACAACACGCCCUACAUUAUCUGUUGAAACACCAUCUGUAAAUCUUUUCUCACCACCUAUAGAAACAGAAGGAGGAUUCAUACCCAAAGGUCCAGGAAUAAUUGACGAAUAUUACGCUGUUUAUCCUAGUACUCCCCCUGGACCUCCAGUGCCUCAUCUUACCACAUCGAUGCAACUGGAUAUUGCUAAAGGGGAUUGUGUCUCAGGGGACGGCCGUCGUGUAUUGGAGGGUGAUUCCAUUUCAUUGGCUUGUUCAAUCUGCUCGUGUGCUUGGGGAGAGUUGCAUUGUUCUCCACGACCCUGCCAUAUUCCCCACGGAUGUAUUAGGAGACCGGCAAGUAGCAGUUCCGUCGAUCUUUGCUGUGGAGAGCUUAUCUGUGAACAAGGCAAUAAGACCACACAGAAACCUAAUCUUUUAAUAAAUAUACAAGCAAACGAGACUAAACCCCAAAUGAUAAAUAAAACGUCCAGUUCUGGUCAAGUGCUGCAAUCCAAAGUGAACAAUACUUUGGAUAACUCUACAAUAUCCAAUAAUAGAGAAACUCUUGAAAGCAACAGUUGGAAAACGACCACCGAAAGUAACAGUUGGAAUGUCUCCACAACGAAGGUCAAUGCGACUACACCUACCUCUAAACCUCUGGUUUCAACAGAAGUUGUUUCUACAACGCAAUCUUCUACGAUUAUUACCACUAUAGAUUAUUCUGAAGAAGAAGAAGAGUCAGACGAAGAGGAGGACGAGGGAUUCUCUUUCGGAAGUGUCCUGAAAUUAUUAUUGAGCGACAGCUAUGAAUCGACUACCAUACCCCCCCAGAAAAAUAAGCCUAGUACGUUUAUGCCGAAACCGCCAAACACUACCACGAGCACUACGACACCAACUACGACUAAAUUACCACCUGCGAAACCACCCCUGGUCCCAUUUAUUCCUAUGCCCCACCCAUACAUGCCACCGAAGAAGUCGUACACACAAAACACUGUCAAUAGAAUAGACCAUCUCGUUCUAGGCGAAGCGACAGCGAUCAAGAAGACUACUUUACGUCCUGUCACUGCUCCUUUUAGACCUAUAGUUACUUUUAAACCAGUUAUUAAACAUACAACUAAUCAAAGACCGUAUAUGAGUACUAGGGUAACAGAAGCGACAAAGAAGGAGGAAGUGACCACAUAUCGGUCAGUAGUGGAAACCGCUAGACCUGCGUCCAGUCUCCCACUGCCUGGUAUACUUAAGCUGGCUGGUUGUAACAUCUAUGGGCGCAUGUAUCGGGUGGGAAGGAUCAUCACGGAGUUGUCCACGCCCUGUCAAGAAUGCUGGUGUACAGAGCUUGGAGUGCAAUGCAACUCGCUUAAAUGCUGAAAGUGAAAAGGCCGCGCUGCUCACGCCCGGUACUUUGCAUGACUUUAAUGUAAGCUAAUAAAAGUUUAACUGCAUAGUUGAUGCAAAGAUAAUGAAGUAUGGCAGAUACCAGAGGCGUUUUUGCAUUUAUUGUACAGAGUGUGAUCGUGUGCAAGACUGAUGAAUGACAAAGGAAAUAAAUUUUAGACAAUAUUACAAUAGUAGACCGCGAUCUCAUACACGGAUAGUUGAAUACCGUAUUAUAGCGAUUUAUACAUCUCUUGUCAAAAAGUUUAAGUAUUUUUGAUAUUAUGUAAACUAUUUUACGCUCUUAACUAAUAAAAUACCUAUUAAGUAAGUUUUUUGUGCUGAUAUUUAAUAUACAUACUUUCAUUAAUAUAAAAAACAAAAUAUAUUACCUACUUGCCUCAUCAAAAUAGUUUUUAGGAUUAAUUUUAGACGUAUUUACACUAAGUGAAAUCUUGUUUUUAUUACAAUU